AUGAAUGUAGAAAAAAUAAAAAAGUUGCAGCAGAAUGCAGCCCAAGUUCGGACAGGCGGUAAAGGUACAGCGCGUAGGAAGAAGAAGGUUGUGCACAAAACUGCUGCCACUGAUGAUAAAAAGCUUCAAAGUAAUCUUAAAAAAUUAUCAGUCACAAAUAUCCCUGGCAUUGAAGAAGUUAAUAUGAUUAAAGAUGACGGUACGGUAAUACAUUUCAAUAAUCCUAAAGUUCAAGCCUCUGUACCAGCAAAUACCUUCUCAGUGACAGGAAGUGCAGAAAAUAAACAAAUAACUGAGAUGUUACCUGGAAUUCUCAACCAGUUGGGAGCAGAAUCGCUUACACAUUUAAAAAAAUUGGCAAAUAAUGUUACAAGCCAGUUUAAAUCGAAUGAUGAUGAUGAUGUACCAGAUCUGGUUGGAGAUUUUGAUGAGGCAUCGAAAAAUGAAGCAAAGGUUGGGGAUUGUAAACAUGAUCAUGAGCACGAACAUGGGAAAAGUUUUUAUCAGGAAGGCGGAGAAUUGGAAACUAAAUUAGCUGCUUAA